CACUGAUGCUGAGACCGUCUUCUGAACGUCUUCAUUAGCUGCACAGAUAUUUUGCCUUUCUGUCAUCUUGGUGAAAACCUGUCUUCAUUUCUUCCUCAUUCAUUGAACUAAUAUGAUGCUUUACUCACGGACACACUGAUAACUCUCCACUAGAAAUGUUUCUUGUGCAUUUAUAACAUGUUCUUUUCUUUCCUUGAUUUGAUUUACGUGUUUGUUUCAGAAUGACUUAAAAUGUGUUAGUUGUGCAGAAUACUGUCAGAUUUAUGUGUCUGAAAUGUGCAGCGUAAAUGAAUGUUUUUUGUUAACAGCAUGUUCAAAAAGGAAAUUUUUUGAAGCCAUUUUAUUCCACAGUUUGGUCCUCAUUUAAUCUGUUUGGUAGCCGUCUUUCCCUCCAAAACUCUCACCUUUUUUUCUCGCAGCUCUGCUGUUUUCCGGACAUGACAAACAACAGUAGUGUGAAUCCUUAUUAUUUUCAGUUCACAACGUUUGCAGACUAUGGGGCCCUCAAAUAUCUCUUCUUCAUUCUAUGUCUGUUGUUUUACAUGAGUAUAAUCUGUGCUAAUGUUGGUAUAAUUACGAUAGUCUACCAGGAGAAGUCUCUGCAUCAGCCCAUGUAUAUUUUCAUCUGCUGUCUGUCUGUUAACGCUCUGUAUGGCUCAGCCGCAUUCUUUCCCAGGUUUCUGACAGAUAUUCUGUCUGACACUCAUUGGAUCUCACGUCCGAGUUGUUUCGUUCAGAUGUAUUUUAUUUACCUGUAUGUUUCAUGUGAUCUUAAAUUUGUCUCCGCCAUGGCCUAUGACAGAUAUAUUGCUAUUUGCCAGCCUUUGCACUAUCACGCUAAAAUGACACCUGGGAUAGUACGAGGUCUGAUAGUAGUUAUUGUUGUCAUGUCUAUAUGUCAUUGUGUGGUUGGUGUCCUCUUUGUUGCUCGUUUAACUUUGUGUGGAUACAAGCUGGAAAGGACUUUCUGCUCUAACUGGCCUGUGGUAAAGCUCACGUGUGGUAACAACAUUAAGGAUAACCAGAUUUACGGUCAGGUAUUUACAGUCCUGUCCCUUAUCCCCCUGUUCUUUGUCAUGUACACCUACCUGCGCAUUCUGAUUGUCUGCAUGACAAGCUCCCGUGAAUUCAGAUGGAAAGCGUUUCAAACCUGUCUGCCUCACACUACAUCAUUUUUGGCGAUGAUCUUCUCUCUCUUCUUUGAACAAUCAUAUAGUCGUUAUAAGACUGAUGACGCGAAUCCAGCCAUUGAAAUUUUUUCAUCUUUGUUAUAUGUGGCCCUUCCUCCCAUUUUUAAUCCUCUGAUUUAUGGACUAAAAAUGCCACAAAUCAGAGCAGUGAUUGUUUUGAAGAGUGCGUCCUGCAUUCGAACGCUAAAAGUCAACAUGCACAUUGUUAGCAGAUGACAAGCUCUGUUUAUUACUCUCAAAUUAAGAAGACAUACAUACAUCUAGAGAAGAUAAAGAACCUUGCUGUUAUGUUUUUGGCUGCACAAGUUAAAAAGGGUGAUUUGUAGACAUUUGAAAAGUUGUGUAAAAUAUUCCCCGCUUUUCAGACAAAAGUACAACACGCAAAAGUUAAAUGUAACUGGAAUUGCAAGAUGAGGCUUUAUUGCUUCAUUGAAUCUUUAAGCUGCACACGAUUUUCUUUGCAAAUUCUGCAAACCUGUGCGCCUCGCAUUGCAUAAUUUCUCACAUUUUCUGUCUCUCUUUUCUGUUAAAAGGAGUUGAGAAAUGUGCUUUAUCUUUAACGUAUUUGCUUAUUCUUUCCAUUAAUAAUCCUCUUGUUCAUGGACUGAAAUGGCCACAAAUCAAAGCAAUGUUCUUCUUGAAGGUUAAAAAGUAAUAAUUUUUUUUUUAUUGUCUAACAACAUAAAAAGAACUGCUCAUGAAACAUGACGAAUAAACUACUGCUAUUGA